CAGCAAAACCAGAGCCCCCCUUCCUCCUCACUGGUGACCUUGACAACUACUACCCUACUUCCCCAUCCCAGUCUGAGAUUUAUUAGCACGGAGGCUCGAGUUGUCCAUGUGUGUUAUUUUUUUGCAGGAAAUCUUCUUCCUGGCCUAGAGUUGUAUGUGUUCUUAGGCUAGGAAAGCAGAUGUGUGUGAUCACAAAGAUGACAAGAUCCUUGCAUUUUUUCUAAUGAGGCAUCCGCUUAUGGAAAGCCGGCCAUUGAUGCAGAGGGAAAAAAGAUUCUUCUCCCGUUCUGUAUGGAAGUGAAUGCACAGAAAAGAGAAAGACGUGUGUUCAUGUCUCGCAUAAGGAUUGUGGAUGAUGGGCAACAUUCCAAAAAAAAGUGCAGUUUUCCUUUAAGAGAUGGGCUGACAAAAAGAGGAGGCACCGCUAUGUAGCACUACUGAAGAAGCAGAACCUUUGUUGGUCUCAUCAAUGGCUCCAGAGGAUGCUGGGGACUGUCGCCCUCCCCGGGAGAACUGUGCGGCACCAUGGAGAAAUCAGCCGGCCGAACGUGUGAGAAGCGGGGCGCCGUCUCUUCAAGUCUUGAUGAGCCUUCCUCGUCCUCCUCUCCCUCGGUUCUGGCAGCUGGAGUGUUCUCACACUCAGGCUGCUUCAUGACUGACAAGACAAUGGGUACACCAGUUGUCAUAGGGUUACGUGACUAAAAAUGAACAAUUACCACUUGACAGUCACAAUUACGAGUGCAUCUGAACGCCUCACAACCCAAGUUGAAAGGAGCAGAAAGGAGACAGAGCAUGAAGUUGUUCAUUGCUCUGUGUGGAUUAUAUGAACCAAUAAGGAGGGACUAACGCGAGUGUUUGCAAGUCACAGAAAAGGAGACGAAGAAGAGAAGUAGAAUCGCCAUUUCCGGUCAGCUGAAUACUCCAUGGGAGCCAUCCACUCGUAGUCAUAAAUGCGUUUGCUGCUAGUGGGCAGCAUGUUGAAGAUGUCAUCCGCACUGGAGUCUGCGUGCCCAGGCCCGGAGGCUGCCACCCCGCUAUCCGGCCACAGGUUGAGGGGAUGCGGGUCUUCCUCCGGACGAGCGCCUCUCUCGUCGUUUUCUUGGCUGCUCUGCUCCCCGUCCAUCUCGGCGCCCCCUCUUGAGUUCUUGUCCUUCAUCAGGUGCUCGCUGAUGUCGCUUACCGAGCACAGCAGCUCCUCGUCGGGCUCCAGCAUCAGGAAAUCGCCGUCGGUCGACCCGGGAGGCUCCAUGAAAGUACCCUGGAGUCCUGGGGACAGGAAGGACUGGGCAAGCAGUUUUCUUCCAUGAUGGAGCGAAACAGACGGCACAGCAGACUUGUCGGUGGUGCUUCUUGCAGAGAUGCUGCCAGUGUUAAGGGAACACCUGGGGAGAAACUUCCAGGAGUCCAGUGUGUACCCCGCCUCUCGCCUGAAGUCAGCUGGGAUAGGCUCCAGCAUACCCGCGCGACCCUAAUGAGGAUAAGCAGCACAGAAAAUGGAUGGAUGGAUGGAUUUAUCUUCAAAAACAUCAAGUGGAAAGCUCUGCCUGUGCGUCUGGAUGUGGUCACGGGUCCCGAGCGUCUUUCUGCAUUCGAGGAGUCGCAGGAACUGCGAGGGAAACUGCGGAUUCUGCAGGCUGACAGCACCGAGCUCGACACUCUUUUUACGGAGUUGUCUGCUCGUGUGGUCUCCAUUGACAGCGAGGACAAAGUGAUUUUUGUUACUUUCCAGACGUUUGAGGAAGUGUGGAAGUUCACGACAUAUUAUACACAUGGUCUGCUGGGUCACUGCAUGGAGAAUCUAUUGUUUGACCAAAAGUCAUGGCUAGAGAAAGAUCUAGCAAUGGAGGUUUCCAUCGAGGAGGACAUGCUUCACCUUGUCUACAUGUGCUUUCUAAUGCAAGAAGCAUCACUCUUUGCCAGCUGCACGGCCAACCAGAUGUUUGACAGCUCCACAUCUGCAGGAGACCUGUACCUGGAGCAAGGAGACAUAGCACUCUUUGAACCCCCCUUCCUGGGCUCAGGCUGGACUGUUCUUUGUUUGGCAGAUGGGGCCCGGGGCACUGCCCCAAAGCCUGCACUAGAACCUGUUCUACCCUUUCAUCAGUGGUUUCUCAAGUCUUGCGCAGAAAGCAUUUUGGUUGGGGACAGCAAACCUGCCUGUGACUUCCCUCUGCAGUUUGCGAGAGGCAUCUGUGUGGCCACUGUGCAGUAUGAUGCUGAAGGUCCAGACGAGCUAAGCUUGUUACCAGGCGAUCGCAUUAUCAUUGUGGGACGGCUGGCGUCCUGUCACAUCUGGUUCUUAGGCAUGAAGGAGGCAACGAGUCAAGUGGGCCUGGUGGGGACGGGCAGUGUUAAAGUGUCCGCUGACACAUACGAGUCAGCAGACAUCCUUCUCGACACAGAGGAAGCCACCUUGUUUAGGCUGCAAGAGGACAAGGUCAUUGAGCAAAGCACCACUUUGCUGAAGGACAAAUGUUGCAGUGAUAUCAGUCGCUACUACAAGCUAGAUGUGUUCACUUUCCAAGACUUGGAGAAGAAGCAGUCAAGAGUUUCGUCUGCCACACUUGAACCAGUCUUAAGGAAAAACACAAAGCAUAUUCUCGCCCAAGAAAAAGAUUCCUCCUCAGAGUGUGUCCUGGAGAGGAUCCAAAAGGAUGUAAAUGAGGCCGCUGAAGUCAAACUUCCUUUUUUCAUAGCAGCUGAAGAAGGACACAGAAACGUCACAAUGCUUGUGUCUUUUUUAGACGGACAAGACUGUAAAGACGAGUUCAGGGUCCUCUACAAACUCAGUCCUGAGCUCCUGUCUUCGUCUGUGUUCUGCGCUCACGAAGACGAGUCGAUUUCUUUCCUGGCCAUCGCCAGGGAAACCGCCAGGAAAAAGCGACUCUUGUGGCCGCAGACGCGUCUCUGCUUCCUAUUGGCCAAGCUUUGUGCAGGCAGGUCAAAGUUCAGCCAGGCCCGCGUGUACUUGGAGGAGGCGCUCUGCGUUCCUUGUGAAGCCUUCACUGACGUCAGGCUGCUGGCCAGCAUUUACUCCAACUUGGCUGGCAUUUAUCUUUUGCAGAAGAACACAGAGAGCUUCUUUGCUCGGGCAGAGCGACUUGCCGCCUUGCUGAUGGCAACUCCAGAUUGCUUGGAAUGUGUGGAGGACAGCUCUGUUCUUAAAUAUAUCCUCAAGAAAGCACUUCUGUCCCACAACAAAAUGGUGGAAGCCCGCGCUUGUUACCUCCUGGCCAUGCAUAACUGGACUCGUGCUGAGGGUGCCAAAGUGGUCCCAUACCUGGAAAGACUACUUGCACUUUGUGCUGGAGCACAGGGAAUGUCAAACAUCUCCCCUAGUGGAGGAUAUCUAACUCUCGGGAGGCUCUACAAGGAAAUGAGCCUCCCUAAUCUUAGUGUUAGCUCAGCCAGGAGAGCAUCCUUGCAUCCUGGUGUUACGCUGACUGAAAGCCUCAGCAGCAUGCUCCUCGUCUCCGACAAUGUCCAACGACUGCGUGAAACCCUGGAAAAGGACAUCUUCCCGGCUCUCAUGGCUCCCUAUUUACACCAGUGUCUUUCUUUGACCAGCAUACCAGAAGCAUGCCACCAGUUGAAGCACCAGCUUGCUGUGUGUCUCUCGCAGCUCUUUUAUCAGCAUAGAAUGGUCGGGCACGCCAUCCAACUCAUGCAGGCACUCAUCGACAAUCCCCCUCCGUGUCUCUCCAACUCGCUGGCGGAACAGAAGAGCGCCCUCAUCUGGCUGGCGUGGCUGCAUGUCCACGACCGUCAAGCGACCGUGGCACUGCACAUCUUGGACGAGGUCCUCACCGCCCUCCCAGAGCAUUGCACCACACCACUGGAAGGGCUGGUCCUCAACAUGCGUGGUGUGGCUCUGCGCUGCAUGGGAGACCUCCGGAGGGCAGCAGAGAGCUACCAGGCUGCCAUGGACAUCUGCCAGGAGUACGAAGACAUGGCAAACUGGGCUGUAGCUCAGGCCAAUAUUGGGCUGCUGUGUCUUAAGGCGGGCGCUAAAGGACUCGCGCAGAGGCACCUAAUGGAGGCUGUGCAGCUUUUCUCCGAGCUGGAUGAAGGAGGUCACGAGACCACCUUCAUCACCGUGCUGCUGGAACUGGGACGACACUACGUGAACCAGCAGCAAACGCAUUAUGGAAAAGGAUGCUACGAGUGGGCUCUGCUGCUGGCCAUGCAUGCCAACCUCUCACAGUGCCAGCUGAGUGCCACCAGAUGUCUGUGCCACCUGUAUGAACGUGAGCGCUCUGAGCAGGCCCGGUGCAUCAUCUACAGCCAGUACCAGGUCAGGCUACUUCAAGGCACGCGAGAGCGGGCACAGGAGGGGGACACCCUGGAAGCAGUCAGCCAGCUCUACCUCUCUCUGGCCACUCACAGGGCGUAUCGCGCAGCUCUGGACUACACAAAGAGCAGCCUGGCUAUUUUCAUUGACCUGGGCUGCAGGGAGAAGGAGGCGUACGGCUGGCUGCAGGCCGGGAAGAUCUACCACCUCCUGGGCCAGACCGAGCUUGUGGAACUUUACCUGCAGGUGGCUCAGGACGUGGCUCUGAGCACAGGAGACACCAAGUUCAUCCUGAAAGUGCUGGAAGCUGCAGGAGACCUUUUCUUCAACAGCAGCCUGGAAAGAGACAAAGCUGUUGUCUACUACAGGGAUCGCGCUCUGCCCAUUGCGGUGAGGUGCGGCAGCGUGGCCAGCAGGCUGAGGUUGUGCAACAAGCUGACUGAAGUCAUGCUCGGCCUCAAACUCUACGGAGAAGCUGUGGAGUUUGCUCACACCGUGCUGGACAUCAGCAUCACGCUAGGCGAUCGUCUGAACGAGCGCGUGGCCUACCAUCGUCUGGCCCGUUUGUACCAGUGUUUGGGUCAGUGCGAGCUGGCGGAACACUACUACCUGAAGACACUCAGCUUGUGUCCAGCACCUCUGCAGUUUGAUGAGGAAGCUCUCUACUAUGCCAGGGUCUACCACACCUUGGGGGACAUCCUCUUCUACAAUCUAAAGGAGCCCUUUGACGCUGCAGGCUACUACCACUUGGCGCUGGCGGCCGCCAUGGACGUGGGCAACAAGCAAUGCCAGCUAACGCUGUGCACCCGCCUAGCCACCAUCUACCACAACUUCCUCAUGGACCGCGAGCUCUCACUCUAUUUUUACAAGAAAGCCCGAGGACUUGCAUCGGAGCUGAAUGUGAGGAGGAUAAACAUCUUGGCUGAACACAAGUAUGUCACAGCCGUGGACUGCAGCAUUUAACACCUUCAUUUAAUGCUGGACAGUGAAAGGCUCCUGUUUGGCCAUUUUAUCAACACUGCAAUCAUACCACACCAAGCAAAUCAUUUGAUCGGGCACACAUGUUUUAAUUUCUUAUUGGGAACCCCAGAAUGAACGUUUUGCUGUCAAUGUAAUGUACUUUUGAUCAAACUAAACAAUAAAUAUAAGUACUAAUUUUGCUGCUGCUCCAUCACUGUUAUAGACCACUGAUGUAGUUGAUCAGAGGUCUCCACGGCAGAGUACAUUGGUCUGCAAUGCCAGUGUUGAGCCACAGAGGGGCAGUGUAGUCUUCUUUCUUCUUUGCCAUCCCACGCAAGAACAAGCAGUAUGGAUGACGGGUGCUAAUCAUAACACAACACUUGAGGAGCGCUUCAGGAACUAAUAUGCCAUUUUCUUUGCACACUUGUAAAGAUGCUCCCUCUGCAGUCCACGUGACUGAAGAACUACAGUAAAGAUUUAUAAGAAAAAGACCGCAAAUUGGGUUAGAAUGGGAGCUAAAAAUACCAGCAUGGUUGUGACAUAUUGAGAGCAUUGACUUAUUUUAGUGCCUCGCUGUAUAUUUAGUUGCUUUAUGUUUUUUCAAGCAGCUUGCCUCCUUGUCAGCUGUCCUUUUUAGCUGUGACAGAGGAACCAAAGAGCUUUACUUUGGCCUUGGCGGAGGUAUGCAGUCUAAAGAUUGUAUGCUCACUUGCUCUAGCAUUGAUGGGUCUCUAAAAUGGAUCAUUUGUGUGACCCAUUGAUUCCAUCACCAUCAAUCAGUCACACAGACUUUUCUUAAGGGGACAUGACUGCACGGUAUCUUGAGACUGUUGUGAUAUGCUACGAUGCCUUACUUCCUGGGCAUCUGGGCCUCAAUGACAACAUCUCUAAGCAAUUGCGAUUCAUGACCAUGCUGUAGUCCAUGACGAUACAUUCAGACCUCUUUGAAUAUGUCAUGUCAUGUGUAGGACGCCACCGCGGUGUCAGCCUGACGGAGCGAAUUAACCAGGAGAUAUGGGAGGUAGUGGGGCGACUGAUGCAGGAAGAGGGACAGCGGAGAUUGAUGUGUUAUGCCCAGUCAGUGUUGAUGCAGUAGCAAUUAGAUAAUAGGUCUGGAUCAGCAGAACACAGCCUCAGCCACACUACACUAUUAGUAGGAGAGUAGGCUGACAUCAACAUGCCAGCUAUAGCACAUAUAUACAGUGGUGUGAAAAAGUGUUUGCCCCCUCCCUGAUUUCUUAAUUUUUUGCACGUUUGUCACGCUUAAAUGUUUCAGAUCAUCAAACAAAUUUAAGUGUUGGUCAAUGACAACACAACUGAACACAAAAUGCAGUUUUUAAAUUAAGCUUUUCAUUAUUAAGGGAAAAUACUCUGUAGUCUGACGAGACAAAUGUUGAACUUUUUGGAAGUUGUGUGUCCCAUUACAUUUGGCGUACAAGUAACGUCACAUUUCAGAAAAAGAUCAUACCAAAAGUCAAAUAUGGUGGUAAAUGGAACCAUGAAUCCUGCUGUCUACCAAAAAAUCCUGAAGGAGAAUGUCUGGCCAUCUGUUCGUGUCCUCAAGCUGAAACCAACUUGGGUUCUGCAGCAGGACAAUGAUCCAAAACACACCAGCAAGUCCACCUCUGAGUGGCUGAAUAAAAACAAAAUGAAGACUUUGGAGUGGCCUAGUCAAAGUCCUGACCCGAAUCCUAUUGAGAUGCUGUGGCAUGACCUUUAAAAAGGCGGUUCAAGCAUGAAAACCCUCCAAUGUGGCUGAAUUACAACAAUUCUCCAAAGAUGAAUGGGCCAAAAUUCCUCCACAGCGCUCUGAAACUUACUGCAAGUUCUUGCAAACACUUGAUUGCAGUUGUUGCUGCUAAGGGUGGCCCAACCAGUUAUUAGGUUUAGGGGGCAAUCACUUUUUCACACAGGGGCAUGUAGGUUUGGAUUUUUUUUCUCUCUUAAUAAUAAAAUGUUUCAUUUAAAAACUGCAUUUUGUGUUCAGUUGUGUUGCCAUUGACUAAUAUUUAAAUUUGUUGGUUCUGAAACAUUUAAGUGUGACAAACAUGCAAAAGAAUAGGAAAUCAGG